GUGUUUUCGCCGGCGUUAAUGAAUGUCAUCCUCAGCUUCAUUGCCGCCAAGUCUCCCGGAGACGUCGAAGAAAAGAUUCUCUCUUUACUACAAGCUUCUUCGACCGAAGAACUUAACACCGUCUCCUCCAAGAUCGUAACCACCGUCCUCGCCGACAACACAUCAAGUGGCGGCCCAACGAUCGCGGCAGCGAACGGCGCCUGGCUCGAAAAGUCUAAACCUGUCGAUCCUUCUUUCAAGGAUAUCAUACAGAACUCGUAUAAGGCUGCUUUUAACCUAGUUGACUUUCGCAACAAGGUUGAUGAAGUGGUUGAAGAAGUGAACUCAUGGGUUAAAGAGGAGACAAAAGGACUCAUCACUGAUCUCAUCCCAGAAAACUCUGUUUCUCCUGCUAGCAAUCUGAUAUUCGCUAAUGCAUUGUUCUUCAAUGGAAAAUGGGAUCACGAAUUCGAUCCAUCUCUUACAAAAGACUCUGACUUUCACCGUUUCGAUGGAACCACAGUACGUGUGCCCUUCAUGUCCGCGGGCUACUCUUUAGGAUACGAUCUUGAAGCUUACCAAGGUUUCAAAGUCCUUAACCUACCUUACAGGGGAGGACGUGGUGACUACUACCGUCGUCGUUUCUCGAUGCAAAUCUAUCUGCCUGAUGAAAAAGAUGGGCUGCCUGCAAUGCUGGACAGAUUAUCUUCUUGUCGUGGAUUCUUGAGUGGCCACGGAGACAUUCCUGGCCACUCUGCGAGUAUUGGAGAACUCAAGAUUCCAAAGUUUAAAUUCGAAUUUGGUUUUACAGCCACGGAAGCCCUCGAGGGUUUGGGUUUGGAGCUGCCUGGUGAUGCGAUCAUCCACAAGUCUUGCAUUGAGGUAGAUGAAGUGGGAUCGAAAGCCGCAGCGGCUGCUGCUGUGAUCAGUAUAAGUGGUAUUUAUAUGCCUCCGAAAGAGAAGUAUGACUUCGUGGCUGAUCACCCGUUUCUCUUCCUAGUCAAAGAAAGCAUAAGUGGACUGGUUCUGUUCCUUGGUCAAGUUGCUGAUCCUUCUAUGCAUUAAUAUUUUUUGUAACUUCUUCUAUGCAUUAUAAUAUGUGUCCAAAUCAUUUCGAUUUGCAUGUUUCUUUGGUCUUUGGUGGAUAGUUUUGAAGCUAUUAACUUCACUUAGUCUUCUAGCUUU